AAAAAAAAAAAAAAAAAAACCCGAAUAAAAUUGGGUCCCUUUAAACUGGGUGGGCGGAGAGGAGACUGUCAAGGAGAAAGGAGGGUCUUUGGAAGGAGAGCCAGCCAGCCAGCCAAGCGUUGCUUGGUUUUGCUCGCCUUGUUCUGCUCUAUCCAUUCAGCUUCGGGUGGGAGGGGGUUACCUUUCUUCCCCCACCCCCCACCCCUCAUUGCCACAACCCUCCCAAUCCAAGCCGGCCUUGCUCUUUUUAUUAUUAUUAUUAUUGCAAUAUUGCUUCGCUUGUAAAGGGGGAAAACCAACCGAGGGAAGAGAAAUUGCAGCUGCUUGCGCGGCUAGCUGCGUUAUUUUCAUUUUCAUUUCCUUUUUUUUUUUUUAAAGUCCACCUUUUCUCUCUCUUUCUCUGCCGCUUCCCGAGAGUCUUUUGGGGGGGUACAAUUUUAAUGGGGCCGCUGCCGCCUCCCUGAGAGAGGGGAGAAUGCUUUGCGGGGAGGCCUGGCCGAGCCCCCCUUCUCCUCCUUCAGCCGCUGGAGGGCGGUAUGGAGCGCCCCAAUCCUUCCGCGCAGGCUUUGCUACUGUAGCAGUCAGGCAUUUUCCCUUCCUGUUUGGAGACCAACCUUGCCUUGUUUAAAAAAAAAAAAAAAAACACACCUAGAAGACUCCGAGGGACUGGCACCUUGAACUUGGCCUUGAUUUAUUUCCCUCGCCCCUCCUUUCCUCUCCCUUUUUCACCCCCCUUCCUCGAGCCUUUUCACCCCAUUCCGCUCCUCUCUUUCACCAAACCUCUCCCUUUCUCCUUCUCCUUUUCUCCUUCCCCCUCUUCCCCGCUCUCCCUUCCUCCCCUUUUUCCACCCCCACCCUCCAUCCUUUCCUUCUUCCAUGGCGGAGACAAAAAUAAUUUACCAUAUCGAUGAAGAAGAGACCCCUUAUUUGGUGAAAUUGCCCGUUUCUCCGGAAAAAGUCACUUUGGCGGAUUUUAAAAAUGUCCUCAGUAACCGGCCGGUGCAUAGCUACAAAUUCUUCUUCAAGUCGAUGGACCAGGAUUUUGGGGUGGUAAAGGAAGAGAUCUCGGAUGACAACGCAAAACUCCCAUGUUUCAAUGGACGUGUCGUCUCCUGGCUGGUCCUGGCCGAGAGCUCCCAUUCGGACGGCGGAUCACAGUGCGCAGAAAGCCACACCGAUCUUCCUCCUCCCCUCGAGCGAACCGGAGGCAUCGGUGACUCUCGCCCCCCUUCCUUUCACCCAAAUGCCUCAAGCAGCCGAGAUGGGCUGGACAACGAAACAGGAACCGAGUCAGUUGUCAGCCACCGGCGAGAUCGUCACCGGCGGAGGAACCGAGAAGGCCACGAAGAUGGUAAGUUGGCUCUUCUUUCCCUCUGAUGCCUUGGAUUGAUU